AUGGAAUAUAAUUCAAUUGAAAAACGAGAAAAAAAACAACUUGGAAUAGUAAAACCUUUAUUAACAGUUGAAAAAGAAAAUAAUAAAUGGAAUUGUUCUGAAUUAGAAAAACUUCAAAGACGUUUUUCUGAAUUAAUUGAUGGAAAAUCUACUGAAGAUAAAACAUUACCAAUAAAUGAAAAUAUUCUUAUUGAACGUAUUGAAUCUCUUUAUUCUUCAAUGGGUUGUUUAAUAUAUGUUUCACCUUGUUUAAUUCGUUUAUUUAUUUUAACUGAUAUUCAAGUUUGUUCAUUAGAACAAUGGAAAUUAAUUCAUCGAGGUUAUCCAAUAUGGUUAUAUAAUACUGGUUUAAAUCCUCGACGUUCAUCUGAACUUCGUUUAAUAAUUGUUGAUGAAAAAACUGGUUUUAUUAUUUGGUCUGAUCGUAUAAGAUCAAUAUCAAAUGUUAUUCAACCAACAAAUUUAACAAUUUCAUUUCGUCAUUCAUUAAAUAAUUCAUCAAUUAUGUUACGUUUUAAAUCAAAUGAUGAAAAACUUUUCACAAGAUUUUAUUCAUAUUUAAAACAAAAUCAAUUUUUCACAGAAAAUUUAUCAAAUCAUAAAAUUUUAAAACGUUUUAUUAAAAAAAGUGAUAUUUCUCCACCUUGUCAUUUUAAACAUUUUAAUCAUAUUGAACAAAAUAUUACAGAUGUUCAUCAUUUAUAUUAUUAG